AUGCGCGGGGCCGUGCUGGGGCGGCUGGCAGCUGUGCAGCUGCUGCUGGUGCUGUCCGGGGGCGGCGGGGCGGCGCGCCAGUCGCUGGCGGGGGCGGCGGCGCGGCUGCUGCGCGAGGCGCGCGAGUUCGCGGGGGCGCAGCCGGCGGACGCGGAGCCGCGCGCCGAGUACGACUUCGUGGUGGUGGGGGCGGGUUCUGCGGGGGCGGCGCUGGCGGCGCGGCUGUCGGAGCGGCCGGACAGCAGCGUGCUGCUGCUGGAGGCGGGCGGCGACGAGGCGCUGGUGCCGGGCGGCGUGCCCCUGCUGGCGCCGCUGCUGCAGCUCGGCCCGCAGGUGUGGCGAUACCGCAGCCGCCCCGACGCCGCCGCCUGCCUCGGCUACGUGGGCCAGCAGUGCAACCUGCCCAGGGGCAAGGUGCUGGGCGGCUCCAGCAGCGUCAACUACAUGAUCCACACGCGCGGCAACCGGCGCGACUACGACGGCUGGGCCGAUCUGGGGAACCCCGGCUGGAGCUACGACGACCUCCUCCCCUACUUCCGCAAGCUGGAGAACGUCUCCGGCGUUCCAGACCUGGCGGCGGACGUCGAGUUCCGAGGCACGUCGGGCCCCGUCUCCGUGGAGCGGCCGUCCUUCCGCACGCCGCUGGCCACAGCGUGGGUGUCGGCCGCUCAGGAGCAGCUGCGGCUGCCGCUGGCCGACUACAACGCCGCGGACCAGGCCGCCGUCAGCUUCCUGCAGGGCACCACCCGCAACGGCACGAGGUGCAGCACGUCCAGGGCCUACCUGGUGCCGGCCAGGCACCGCCCUAACCUGCACGUCAGCAAGCGCUCCCUCGUCACCAAGGUCGUCAUCGACGGGACGACCCUCAGAGCGACCGGGGUGGAGUUGGAGCGCCAGGGCCGGCGGAGCAGUGUGCGCGCGCGCCGAGAGGUGGUGCUGUCGGCGGGGGCCGUCAACACGGCGCAGCUGCUGAUGCUGAGCGGCGUGGGGCCCCGGCAGCACCUCGAGGCGCACGGCGUGCCCGUGUUGCGAGACCUGCCCGUCGGCCUCAACCUGCAGGACCACGUGACGCUGGGCGGGCUGACGUUCCUGGUGAACGCGACGGGCGACCUGCAGGACCGGCGGCUGCUGGCCGACGCCGCGGCCCACCUGGCCUUCCUGCGCCGCCACGGCGGGCCCUUCUCCACGCUGGGCGGCACCGAGGCGGUCGCCUUCUACGACGCCGACGGCGACGGCUACCCGGACGUCGAGCUGCUGUUCGCCGCCGUCACCGAAAUGAACGCGGCCCUCAUCAGGAUCGCCUCGGGGCUGCGGGACGACGUGUACGACGCGGUGUUCCGGCCGUACGAGGGCCAGCACGGCUUCAGCGUCGUGCCGUUCCCCCUGCGGCCUCGCAGCCGCGGCAGGGUGCGCCUCGCCUCGUCCGAUCCACACCAGCAGCCGGUGCUGGAGAUGGGCUACUUCAGCGACCCGCGCGACCUGGAGCUGGUGGUGGCGGGCGUCCGGGCCCUGCCGCUGGCCGUGCCCGCGUGCGCGCGCCUGCCCGCCGGCUCGGACGCGCACUGGCGCUGCGCCGCGCGCCACCUCUCCUUCACCAUCUACCACCAGUGCUGCACGGCGGCCAUGGGGCCGCGAGGCGUCCUGGACGAGCGGCUGCGCGUGCGCGGCGUCGCGGCGCUGCGCGUCGUCGACGCCUCCGCCAUGCCGCUCCUCCCCUCCGGCCACACCAACGUGCCGGUCAUCGCCCUGGCCGAGCGCGCCGCGGACCUCAUCGCGGAGGACCACCAGGGGGCCUAG